UAGUAAAUCUAAAGCCUGUUCACUUCCACCCAGGGGUGAAAGUAGGCGGGUACGGCAGGGUGCUGCGUACCUCUAAAACAUUUAGCGGCAGUAGGCAGAACCUCCCAGAGAGGAGCGGCUGUCUGCUGUGAACAACCAGUGGCUUCACUGUGCAGCCGUGACUGAUUGGUUUUCAAGAACAACUCACUGAAGGAGCGGCAGGAAGACGCAGGAGGAACCGGAUCUGAUGGGGAAACGCCGGAGUUCACCUGCAGUGUUCCCACUGCGACAUCAUUUCAUACUUUCGCUUUCAUUGUUUUUGGGCGAGGCUCAGAUCACUCGGUUCUGUUCGACUCGGAUAUAUAUUUUUUAUUUUAACUUGAUUAUCUCUCUAAACUGAAACCGUCCACAUCAGCUGCUGACGGUCAGCGCGGUUAGUCGAAGUUGUUUUUCGUUUCGGUAUUUUUCACGUUAGGAUCAUGUUUGUUUUCCGAGCUUCUUUCUUUGGCCUCCUCAUCUUCGUCACGUCGGAGUUUGGUGUUGUUUCCCAGCAUGCCCUGGCUGGAGUGGUGGAGGUUAAUGAGGGGGCGGAGUCUGUCCUCCUGAGCUGCCGAUACUCUGAUCAUUUGCCUGAAGACCCYGUACUGAUGUGGAACCGCAGCGAUCUCACUCCUAAAUCUGUCCACCUGAGGAGAGAAGACAACGAUGAGCUCAAAGGCCAGAACCAGAACUUUACAGGCCGGACCUCCAUGAACCCUGACGCUCUGGACACCAGAAACUUCAGCCUGACUCUGAGGAAACCUCACCUGUCUGACGGUGGAAACUACACCUGCAUCAUCUACGACGGGAGAGAAGAACUGGAGCUGGCAGCCAUUCACCUGAAGGUCAAAGAUGAUCAGGAGGAGGUGGUGAUGAAUGAAGGAGCAGAGUCUGUUAUCCUGCCCUGCAGAACGUCUGCUGACCUUCCUGAGGACACUUCAGUGGACUGGACCCGUCCAGAACCAGAAUUCAUGAUGGUUCAUGUGUUUUCAAACACAAGCAGGUCUGACAAUAAGCAGGACAGCCUUUAUCGCGGCCGCACAUACAUGAAUAAAGAGCUGCUGAGGACCGGAGACGCCAGUCUGACCCUGAGGGAUCCCACUGACAGAGACAGUGGAAGCUACAUCUGCACCAUCUACAGGGGCCAGGACAUCCUGAGACACACAGUGGUUCUGACACAGGUCAAAGGAAGCUUUCCAUCCUGGGCCACAGCUCUCCUGGUUCUGCUGGUUCUGGUUCUGAUCGUCUCUGCAGGCCUUUUAUUUUAUUUUCGACAUUAUUUCAUGUCAGAGUAUCAGGUUUGGCUGAAAUAUGGAGUAAAGUCGGUCCUGCUGCCCUGCAGAACCACAACCCGACUGCCUCACGAUGCUAAGGUGGAGUGGACAGAUGGAGACAACAGGAAGGUCCAUGUGUAUCAGAACAGUUGUGACCAACCUGAAGAACAGGACCGACUCUACAGAAACAGAACUAAGAUGGAGGGAAAGUUUCAACAUGGAGACCUCAGUCUGACCCUGAAGCACCCCACACCUGAAGAUGUAAAGAUUUACACCUGCAGCAUCUACAGCAAAGAGAAAACCAUCCUGAUGAAGAAACGGGUUCAUCUAAAGAUAAAAGUGAAGGAGAACGGAGUCCUCUGACCUCAGACCUUCUGGACCAGAAGCCGGGCCAUGAAGGCGCCGUAGAGCGGCUGAGCCUCCGUGACGACUCCUGCUGCAAACCGAGGCAUCAAGUGCCAGACGUCCAGGCCCACUUUCAGCUCUGUCCACUGGCUGAACACAUUAUGAGCUGAUUGGCUCCAACCURCUGCAGAGGGGAAGGGGGGUGGAGGGGUGUUGGUGAGGCGGCGAUGACCUUUGGUGRUUAGGGUCAACAUGAAAUGAACAACGUUCACAUUGACCUUUAAAACGACCAUUUGGUUUGAAGAAUGACUCUCAGUCUGGACAAUAAAAUAAAACAUGUCACUGAAGGCUGACGUCACAGGAAUGUUUGUAAAACCUUGUUUGGCUUUUUCACACCUGGAGGAAGUUGCUGCUCAACUUGUGAGGCUGCAGUGAACAUUUCCUGGUUUUCUUCCUCCUCAAAGAWUCAGCAGCAUCUGCAAAAUAAACACAAUGAAGCAAUAAGCACAUCAUCAACACGUCUCUGUGUCCUGAUUGGUUCAUUUUAAAGUGAAUGCAGAGAGACGGAGACGGCAAGUAGCUGAUUAAAGUUGAACUAAAACACAUUGAACUAAAUCUGACAGCGACCAAAACAAAGAAAGGGAUCAUAGGAAUGAGGAAACGAGGAGAGGAGAGGCGUAUAAGUACUGAGAGAGAGAAGCUGGAGCAAAACACCUGAGCUGGACUUGGUGGCAGAUUGGAGGCUGAGAGGAGAGAAUGGAAAACGGCUCAGGGGGCGAGAGACAGAACACAAACAGACGAGGAAAAUUAAUCUGACAAUAACUAAUAAUCACUGAASCAGAGGAACAGAGAGGAGCAGCAGGAGGKAUCAGACCCAGUGAUGGUGUCCAGGUUCCUGGAUCUCCUUCCUCCUCUUCAGCCCGWUUGCUUUGAAAAGGGCCAUGUUGGUGUCUGGCUUAUUCUUUACAAGUCGACUUUCUAACUUCCUUCUCUCCUCAGAGACCUGAGGACAGAACAACUGAACAUGUUUUACUGUCUCUGCUGGGAAACUAGAAUCACAGUUUCCUGUUGGAUGUUUCCCCGUUUUAAAUAGUGAAACUGUUUAAACCUGAGUGACCAAAACGUCACCUGGAUAAAAUGUUUUCUUCUUUUCUCCUCCUUCCUGUUCCCCUCAUUGCACCAACUUUCCUCUGAAUCCUAAGAAGCAUCUACC